GCCGCGCCCGAGACCUCGUCGAUUCUUGACCGUAACGGCCGAGGCGCGGCACCCGGAGCAGGCUCCGAGCCUCCGAGGCUCGUCCGGGGGUUAGGUGGGGUUUUUCAGACGAGGCAGUCGAGCCUAGCCUGGGAGGAUCGGGGAAUCCCUCCCUAAUCGAUCCCGCGUCCGUGAACGAGGAAGAAGAGGAGGAGGAGGAGGAGCCGAAGCCAUGGCAUCGAGCGGAGCAGAAACGACAAAAAUCCCUGCCCUGCCCUUCCUUCUCUCCGUGCAAAAUUAAUUACUCUUAUGCUGCAGAGCCCAGAGAGGACGAAUUAAGGAUCAAAGAUUAAAAGGAUUAAAAAAAAAUAGAGAUUAAGGCGUUCGGUCUGGAGAGUUCGCGGGGUCGAAUCCCGGUGCUUACUCCGCUUCUCCGGGGGCUGUGCAAGGGAGGAAGAGUCGGGAAGGGCUCACUUGCUUGUACUCGUCGCUCAUGACGAGCAUCUGCGAAGGUGAACUCGAAGGUGAAGGUGCGAUCGUCGUCAUCGUCAUCAAGGAGCGAGGACUACUCUGCUCGGGAUUUGGCAGGCGGUGUGAAACCUAGGUUUCGGGAGGUGUGACGAUAGACGAGUUGUGCCUGGCUUCGUGCGAAACAAAAGCAGGCAGGGAGAGAGGGAGGAAGAAAUUGCGAGCACAGGGAGGGAAGGGCAAUGCCGCAUCCAUCAGUAGUGCUAGCAACAGCGGCGUACGACCACACGAUUCGCUUCUGGGAGGCAACGAGCGGUCGCUGCUAUAGGACUCUUCAGUACACGGAUUCGCAGGUGAACAGGCUCGAGAUUACGCCCGACAAGCAGUAUCUGGCAGCGGCGGGCAAUCCCCACAUCCGGCUGUUCGAAAUCAACAGCAACCAGCCGACUCCGGUGCUGAAUUACGACACGCACACCAGCAAUGUCACGGCUGUGGGAUUUCAGUGCGAUGGCAAGUGGAUGUACUCGGGCUCGGAGGAUGGGACGGUCAAGAUUUGGGAUCUUCGUGCGCCCGGAUUCCAACGGGAGUACGAGAGCAGGGGAGCUGUGAAUACAGUGGUUCUCCAUCCCAAUCAGACGGAGCUGAUUUCUGGGGACCAGAAUGGCAACAUCAGGGUUUGGGACUUGACAGCCAAUUCCUGCAGUUGUGAGCUCGUGCCGGAGGUGGACACGCCAAUUAGGUCGCUCACUUGCAUGUGGGAUGGAACGCUGGUCGUAGCGGCCAACAAUGCUGGCACCUGCUUCGUGUGGAGGCUUCUCAGGGGCAGCCAGAUGAUGACCAACUUCGAGCCUCUGCACAAGCUCAAGGCCCACAACUCGUACAUCCUCAAGUGUCUUCUUUCGCCGGAAUUUUGUGAGCCCAACCGAUACUUGGCGACCUGCAGCUCGGAUCAUACUCUGAAGAUCUGGAAGGUAGACGGGUUCACUUGCGAGAGAGUGUUGAAGGGCCACACUCGCUGGGUUUGGGAUUGCGUCUUCUCGGUUGAUGGCGCGUUCCUGGUAUCUGCAUCGUCAGACCACACUGCAAAGUUGUGGGAGCUGUCUACGGGAGAUGCCAUCCGCACUUACCAAGGUCACAACAAGGCGACCGUGUGCUGUGCAUUACACGAUGGCACCGAGUCCACUGCCUGAUGGGCGCGCGUGGCAAGGCAUGAUGCCACAAGCAGCAAACCACAUCUGUACAAAAGGAUGCCAUUCUCGUUCUCUUUCUCUGUCUCUGAAAUGCCACGUACAGUAUGUGUACAGAUCUGACCUAACCUACAGCCGCACUGAAGAUCGCAGAGGGAAGUGGUUGCUAGCAGAAGCUGCUGUCGGGGGCCAACGACUUGUAUAGUUUCUCGAAGGCCUAGGUGAACGGUGCGCUGACUCAGGGGAGAUUGUGAAGAAAGAGAAGGUACGACAGCGGAAAGAAAGGAACGGAGGAAGGAAAAGAUGUCUGGCUGGUUAGCUAGUUUCAGGAUUGUAGUUUAUUUGGUUUUUUUAGAGCAUGUACAAGAAUGUGGCUCACCGUAUUGAUCAGUAUGACUCUGCCAGUGGGGGCAGAGAGACGGAAGGCAUGAAUUCUGAUCUCCACGCUGUAAUUCCGAACCACUGAAUACGAAGGAAGAGCUUCGAUCUUAUGGACAACAUCUGAUACUCUCUGUCUACAUUUGUGAUUCACAUUCAU